AUGCGUCUCGCCACCUGGGCUUCGACAGCCUUCCUUCUCGUCGCCUCAACCAUGGCGCAAGAGGAACCCGAUCCCGUCGUCCGAGAAGCCAUGGCCAAACGACAAAUCUCCCUCAACACGGGCGCGACCAUCCUACCGGUACCGGAUCCGACGUCAUCACCAACCUCAUCACCCGCACCACCGCCAUCAACAAGCUCACCCGACCCGCCGUCAUCCACGUCCAUUGUUGAUCCACCACCACCCUCCUCAACCAGCAGCUCCGUCGCACCCCCAUCGUCGACAUCCUCUCCUCGGCCCUCUUCCACCUCCGCCUCCUUCAGCGCUCCCGAAUCCUCCACUUUCACCUCCGCCCUCGUCACCUCCAUCCCCGUCGCCUUCACCACCACCAUCAUCACCAUCGACGACUCCGGCGUCACCCGCACCAGCGAAAUGAUCUCCUCCACCCUCGCUGCCAGCACCACCGGCUUCGCCACCGUUACCGGCGCGCCCGCCGUUAACUCCGGCGACGGUGCCGAACCCUCCUCCGGCCUAUCGUCUGACAAGAAGAAGAUCAUCGGCGGCGUCGUCGGCGGCGUCGGGGGUGCCAUCUUGCUCGGCGGCAUCGCCAUCGUCGCAUGGAGGCUAUGGGGAAAGAAGAAGCAGAGGUGGGAUGAGGACGAGGUGUGGACGACCGGUCGCGCGGAGGGGGAUGAGUCGAGGAAGCCGGAGAGUAGCGGCGCGACGGUGACGAGCGGGGGAGUGAAAUCGAACCCGGCGGCAAAUUUCUAA